AUGAAGUGCACACGUCAGAUCAUGAAGAGGGGACGAUGUCGCUCCGGCCGUUGGGGCGCAGCCUUGUGUACGGCGGGCGUGUGCUGGAUCGCGCCGGGCAUCUCCUUCACGGCGUCCACGCAGCUCCGAGUGCCCUUUAAGGCACCUGGUCGGCUCACGCUGCGUCGCGCCGGCCUGCAGCCUCCGCAGCUCGAUUCGCAGUCCGAGCCCCCGGUGGAAACGGGGCGGAACCCGCAGGCCGUGGCCACCGACUUCGCUUGGGGCAUCGUGCUGCUGCCCGUGUCGGUGCUGGGUCUGAUCAUCGCGUACCUCUUCAGCGGUUUCCUGAGCGCCACGUCGCAGCCGCCGCCCGAGGUACCGCUGUCAGAGUCGCUUGCUGCCCUCAUCUCCAUCGAGGACGACUACGCUGUCCGGGGACCCGGCAUGGGACUCCGCCAACGUCUAAGCCGGUGGUUCCAUUGGGCCGAGCCCAAUCGGCGGGUGGACUUCGAGAUCAAAGACCUCCCGAACAGUCCACUCAAGGACAAGAUCCGCCAACGCGGCAAGGACGCUGCAGAGGACAUCGCGAUGACGGUGGAGUACUUCGUGGCGGGGAAUGGAAUCAUCGACGACUCUGGCUCUUCUCGCAUGGCUGACCGCAUCGCCGAGGACGAGGCCGCACGGGGUUACCCCGAGGCGGAGAAGUUUGCCGAGACCUGGGCUUUGUUAGAACUCACACUGUGGAUCGUCUUCCUGGUG